AGGUCUUAUCCUAGUGGUGAGUGUAUUUUACGAAUAAAUUAAAGAGGAGUUAAGGUAAGUAGAAUAGAACUGAAAUGAUAAAAGAGUAUUUCUCUGUUGGACGAGUGAAUAUAAGAAAUAAAUGUCAUAAAUGUUGGUAAAUGAGAAAUGUUAUUUCUAUAUUUUUUUCUUUCUCAUGGCCAUUUGAUGGAAACAAUUCCGUUUUUCUUACUAUUUUUUAGGGACAAUGAAGCAGAAAUGAUCGAAAAGAUUGCAAGAGAUGUUUCAGAUAAACUGAAUGCCACACCGUCUAGGGAUUUUGAUGGCAUGGUGGGACUUGAAGCUCAUUUGAGAGAAAUGAGGUCUUUGCUAGAUUUAGAUAAUGACGAAGUUAAGAUGGUUGCAGUCUCUGGUCCUGCUGGUAUUGGUAAGAGUACCCUUGCUAGAGCUCUGCAAAUUCAACUCGCUGAUAGGUUUCAGCUUACUUGUUUUGUUGACAACCUUAGAGUAAGUUAUCAUAGUGGUCUUGGUGAGUAUGGUUUGAAGUUGCGCUUACAAGAAGAAUUCCUUUCAAAGGUUUUGAACCAAAAUGGUAUUAGGAUAAUCCAUUUAGGUGCAAUAAAAGAAAGGCUCCGCGACCAUACAGUGCUCAUCAUUCUUGAUGAUGUGGAUGAUAUAAAGCAGUUAGAGGCUUUGGCUGGUGGAACUACAUGGUUUGGUCCUAGAAGUAGGAUUGUAAUUAUCACAGAAAACAAGGAGAUUUUGCAGCAACAUGGCAUCAACAAUACAUACCAUGUGGAAUAUCCAUCUGAUGAAGACGCUGUUAAGAUCUUAUGUAGAUAUGCUUUUAGACAAAACUAUCCACUUAAUGGUUUUGAAAAGCUUGCCGAAAUAGUAACAGAGCUUUGUGGUAGCCUUCCACUGGGUCUCUGUGUGGUGGGUUCCUCUUUACGUGGGAAAAAUGAGGAGGAAUGGGAAGAAGUAAUACGCAGGCUAGAAACUAUUAUUGAUCAUCAAGACAUCGAAGAAGUACUAAGAGUCGGCUAUGAGAGUUUACAUGAGAACGAGAAAUCUCUAUUUCUUCACAUUGCAGUCUUCUCCAACUUUAAAGACGGUCAUCUUGUGGAAGCCAUGUUCGCUGACAAUAACUUGGAUACCAAAUACGGGUUGAAAAUCCUAGCAAACAAAUCACUCAUACAUGUAUUUAACAAUGGGGAUAUAGUGAUGCACAAGUUACUACGACAAAUGGGUAGACAAGCCAUUCAGAGACAGGAGCCUUGGAAACGUCAGAUCUUAAUUGAUCCUCAAGAGAUAUGUGAUGUUCUUGAACGUGCCAACGGUACAAGAAUUGUGUCCGGCAUAUCAUUUGAUAUAUCUGAUAUUGAAGAAGUGUAUAUAAGCCCUAGAGCUUUUAAAAGAAUGCCUAAUCUUCGAUUCCUGAGAGUUUACAAAAGUAAAGAUAUUGAUGGGAAUGAUAUAGUGCAUAUACCUGAGGAGACGGAGUUUCCGCGUGGUCUAAGGUUACUACAUUGGAAGGCAUACCCGAGCAAGACUCUUCCUCGUACAUUUCAUCCUGAAUAUCUUGUCGAAUUCGAUAUGCAGUUUAGCAAGCUCGAGAAGCUCUGGGAAGGAACUCAGCCACUUAAAAAUCUCAGGAAGAUGGAUUUGUCAUGGUCUUCCGAAUUAAAGGAGCUCCCUGAUCUUUCAAAAGCUGCAGAUCUCGAGUUUUUGUUUUUGUAUGGUUGCUCCAGUUUGACAGAGAUCCCUUCCUCAAUCGGAAAUCUUGAUAAAUUAAAUUGGUUGGAUAUGAGUUUCUGUAGAAAUCUUCAAGUUGUUCCGACCCGCUUCAACUUGGCACCUGAUGCAUUUCUCAAUAUGAAAGGAUGCCCACAAUUGAGAAACUUUCCAGAGUUUUCCACCAACAUCAGUGCACUAGUCAUUGCAGACACAAUGUUAAAAAAGUUGCCUGAAACAGUUACCCUCUGGUCUCCCCACGUGGGUCUUAGUAUAUACGGCGAUGACGCAGGUAUCGAGGAACUUCCAGGCUGGAUCAAGGAUCUUCAUGGGUUAAAAUCGCUUAACGUACAAGACUGUUCGAAACUUGCAUCACUGCCAGAGCUCCCUGACUCACUCGAAAGACUAAUAGCAAACAACUGUGAAUCACUGGUGGCCGUAACUCUGGAUUUUGACUCUCUAGUAUAUUGCAAUUUCGUCAACUGCUUCAAAUUAGGCCGAGAAGCAAGGAGAGUAAUCCAGCUGUCAAUGAAUGCAUGUUUACCCGGAAGAAACAUACCUGCGGAGUUUGAUCACCGAGCUAUAGGGAAUUCAUUGACCAUCCGAUCACUGAGUUCAGAUUCCAGAGUGUUUAGGUUUUGCGUAGUGGUUUCCCCUAAACCACAUGUUGAAGUAUAUGCUGGCAAAUUGUUGUGUCGCAUGCGCGUAAACCAGGGUUGCUUUAUUGACAAGAACAUCUCUAUGCAUUUUCUGGAGACUAUCCAAGCGGGACAUCUAUGCAUAUGUUACACUGAGUUGGUUCACGAACAUGGAUGGCUUGAACAUGAGGAUGAGAUAAUGUUCGAAUUCAUCAGCACCUACCCUGAGCUCGACAUUGUUGAAUGUGGUGUCCAUGCGUUGACGGAGGAAAGCGAGAUAAGAAGAAGGAAAGAGUUUGAUCAAGCCAACAAAGCGUCUCAAGUCUCUUCUCUCAACACUGAAAUUACUGAUGGACUAAUCCGCGACUCGAAAGAAGACAACAAUGGCGAAGCCGAGAAUCGUACAGAUUGUUGGAACUGUCUCUUCCUCUGCUUUGGUCUCUCCGACUUUGUGAGAAGAACUGCAAGCUUGUUUUGGGGAAGAAGACAGAUAUAGUCAAA